CCCCCCCACCACCACCACCACCUCCUCCUCCUCCUCCUCCUGCUCCAGAUAUGAAGGAGUUAAUAACAGAAAGAUGUGAUGAAAACAAGCUGCAGGUCGCUGAAUGUUGAUCAUAAAAGUCCAACAGAAGAAUCAAGAAGUACAGACAGGUGAAGUGACACCUGAAGCCCCGCAGCUCCCAGACUUUAUGCCUCUUAUUCACCCUUCAUCUGAUGCUCACUCACACACCGAUGGCGGCAGCGGCGGCGGUGGAGCUGGCCUGACCAUCAGGAGCCACUUGGAGUUGCUCAAGGACACUUUGACACUGGGACAGGAAGAGCCGGGGAUCGAACCGCCGACUCUGUGGCUCGACGUGAUGACGCAAAGUGUUGAGCUACGUCAUACGCACAGACUGAAGUCCGUCUGGUCCGGAGCGCAGAGAAAGAGCAGCUCAGCUGAUGAGAAGUUUCCUCCAUCAUGAGCUUCUUCUUGCUCUCGUUGGUUUUCUGCUUCGCCGUCGACGCUCAGCUGCUCUCUCUGUCAGACAUGUACGGCAGCCUGCAGUCGCCAAACUUCCCGGAGCCGUACCCCCGAGAGACGGAGCUGCGCUGGAACAUCAGCGUUCCCGACGGCUUCCAGAUCAAACUCUACUUCAGCUACUUCGACCUGGAGCCCUCCUACCUGUGUGAGUACGACUACGUCAAGGUGGAGGCGGAGGGCGAGGUGCUGGCGUUGUUCUGUGGACGGGAGGACACGGACACGGAGGUGGUGCCGGCUCAGCAGGUCAUCACCUCCCCCAGAAACUCCCUCAGUGUCCUCUUCUCCUCCGACUUCUCCAACGAGGAGCGAUACUCCGGGUUCAUGGCUCACUACAGCGCUGUGGACGUAGACGAGUGCAGAGACCAGAGUGACGAGGAUCUGAUCUGUGAUCAUUUCUGUCACAACUACAUCGGAGGCUACUACUGUUCCUGUCGCUAUGGUUACCUGCUGCACUCUGACAACCGCACCUGCAGAGUGGAGUGCAGUGACGGCGUGUUCACCGAACGCUCCGGCGUUCUGAGCAGCGUCGACUUCCCCGCUCCGUAUCCGAAGAGCUCCGAGUGUCUGUACCUCAUCCAGGUGGAGCCGGGCUUCAGGCUCCGCCUCCAGUUUGACCCCAGCUUCGACGUGGAGGAUCACCCCGAUGUCAGCUGUCCGUACGACUACGUCAAGAUCAAAGCAGGCAGCAGUGAGUUCGGCCCGUUCUGUGGUGAUCGAUCCCCAGGACUGAUCGAGACCGACAGCAAUGUUGUCAACAUCUUCUUCCACAGCGACAACUCAGGAGAAAACCUCGGCUGGAGACUCACAUACACAUCUACAGGAAGUCAGUGUCCGGUACCCGAGAGUCCGCCCAACGCCCUGCUGACUCCCGUCCAAUCAGAAUACAUCUUCAAAGACCACAUCCUGUUCACCUGUGAGGCUGGUUACCGACUGCUGAAGGACGGUCAGUAUCUGGAUCAUUAUCAGAUUACCUGUCAGUCUGAUGGAGUGUGGAGCAGCAGUCCUCCUCACUGUCAAAUGGUGGAUUGUGGGAGUCCAAAGGUCGUGGACAUGGCCGAUGUGGUGUUUGGUAGCCAUGACAACAGCACACUGUUUGGUGCCACCGUCCGCUACGUCUGCAAAGAGGAGACGUUCCAACUGCACCCCAUCAACAGUUCUUACAGCUGUGGGCAGAACGGAGAAUGGAUCAGUUCAGAAACAGGAGCCACACUGCCCACCUGUCUGCCAGCCUGCGGCCGGCCGGCCCGCUCCCUCCCCCCUCAGGUGAAGCGGAUCGUGGGUGGUCGCAGCGCCGAGCCCGGCCUGUUCCCCUGGCAGGUUCUGCUCAGCGUGGAGGAUCUGUCCCGGGUUCCCGAGGACCGCUGGUUCGGCUCUGGGGCCCUGCUGUCCGAGUCCUGGGUCCUAACGGCGGCUCACGUCCUGCGGUCCCAGCGGAGGGACACCAGCGUCGUCCCCGUGGCCCCCGAGCACGUCAAGGUCUUCCUUGGUCUCCAUGACGCCCGAGACAAACGUCUGGCCACAAACCGUUCAGUGUUGGCGAUCAUUCUCCAUCCAAACUUCCAGCCCAACAACUACAACAACGACAUCGCCAUGGUGAAGCUGAGAGACAGGGUGGAGGUGAAUGAGGUCAUCCGUCCCGUCUGUCUCCCAACACCACACGGACAGGACGACACCCCGACACCUCUCCCGAACUCUCUGGGUGUUGUUGCUGGUUGGGGCAUCUCCAACCCCAACGCCUCGUCCACCUCCGGUGACCCCUCCGCCCUGACCUCUGACCCCGCAGCGGCCGCUGACCUGGGGAUGACCUCUGACCUCCUGCAGUAUGUCAAGCUGCCGGUGGUACCUCAGGACGAGUGCCAGGCCAGCUACGCCUCGCGCUCCGUCAGCUACAACAUCACCGACAACAUGUUCUGUGCCGGUUUCUAUGAGGGUGGGAGGGACACCUGCCUGGGGGACAGCGGGGGCGCGUUUGUGAUGGAGGACGAGGUCAGCCAGAGAUGGGUGGUGUUCGGGUUGGUGUCCUGGGGCGGGCCGGAGGAGUGCGGGAGUCAGAGGGUGUACGGAGUCUACACCCGAGUGGUUAAAUACGUGGAGUGGAUACAGAACCACCUGCAUACUGCCCCCUAGUGGUCAAGCACAAACUGAAUCAGAACGUAUGAUUCGUCACGCUUCCUCUGGUCAAACAGCCAACAUGUAGUCCGGCAUGUUAACCAUGAGGAAAUGACAGAAUCUGGUCUAUAAUAGACACUCAGUCAAAAGCCUCCUCAGGGGGGUGCCGGAGAGUUGAAGGUGAAGCAAAGAUACUGCGUGAGGUGAAGAAGAGUCAAAACUCAUCCUCCUUCUCGGAGUCAUAACUCAGUCAGAUCUGAACACAGACAUGAAACACAUAUUGAUAUCAUUCAGUAGGACUCUCACUCCCUGAGGAUCAUUAUUAUCUCUGACAUCCAUCACCAAGAAACCUCCAUAAAUCCACUUAGAGAAAAAUGAAACUGCAGAACCUGCCUGAGAAUCAUCACGUUUAAGUUUUCUUCAGUAUCACAGUGAUCAGUGAUAGUUGUCAGUACAUCAGGUUACACUGCAGACAGGAGCUGCUAACAGCUGAUUCACAUGACUUUUAAAUGUGAACAAAUCUGGUGUAAAAACAGAGAAGAAGAGAACAGCAGCAGCUACCUGUGUUACAGCAGAACAUCUGAUGAGCUUUAAUGGAGUCUUACUCUCCUGAUGCUUUUAUUUUUUACUGUAUAUGUUGCUGUCAGCAUAUUUCCAUCUGUCAGAUCAGCAGAAACAUCAGAAAUCUGUCACUCUGGCAGGAUUUAAGUUCAUUUGUCAUUUUGUACGCUGCCCCCCGGUGGUCACACGGUAGAAAAAAAAGAUCAUGUUAAUUAAGUUAUUAGUAAGUAUUCAGUUUAAAGUAAAGCUUUUAGAGUAUGCAUCUGAAUUUUAAAAAAGGAAUUUCAAUGCUUUAAAAUAAUAUUUUUUAAAUGUUACACUUAAGUAUUUAACUGACAAACUAGUUAAAAGAAAACAGACAAAUAACUGGUGUCAGAAAAACAGUAAUAACACUGUAAUAUACUGCAGUUAAUAUACAAACAAGCAUAUUAACUACUGAAUAAUUCAUCUUUGAUCCAUAAAGUAUGUUUUCUGAACUGUACUUUAUUGAAAUUAUUCAUUAAUAUUUUUCUGGGUAUAAAAAAACAAAUGAUGUAACAUGAACACUAGUUUGAUUCAACCAAUGAGAUUAUUUCUGUAUUUUAACUGAUUGUGUUCUUCAGUAACAGUUAAACUCAAACUUUAGUUGCAGAUUAUGACCAAACUGUUUUGUUUUUAUUUAUUUUAAUUCCACCAAAGAUCUGAACUAAACCAACCAAAAACUCAUAUCCCGAUACAGUUGAUAUAGGUCAUUUCAUAUCCAGAUAAUGAAUCACGAAACAGCAAAUGAUCUGCAAAUUCAAUUAAUAAAUAGUUUAUAUAAAAUGACCACAUGGAGAGGCCUGUUUCUAAUUACAUUUUAAAUUAUAUACUUGAGAAAUAAAAGUUACUCAAUCAUAUUUGAUUAUUUUUCUCCUUUUAUUUACAAAUAAAAGGAGAAAAAUACAUUUUCAAUUCAACAUGUAACAUGUUUCUGGUCCGUGUCAGACUUUUCAUACCUAAACCACGUCCAUGUGACAGAAGUAGCUCGUCUUUUAGGUACAAGCUCCUCGUUCUGUCUUGGCUGGUCAGAGUCUUUCUCCGUUCUGUGUUACGUUCACUCUCCUCCAUGUUUGUUUUUGUUGCCUUCAGGCAAAUUUCCUGCCUCCAAAUGACAAAAAAUAUCACCUCAUAGAGUUUGAUUUGUGACACAACUAAAGAAACGACAAGACUUUUUGUAUCAUCAUGUGAUAUAUAUCAUCAUAUCACACAGCUCUAAUCUGAACACACACUCAUACACUCCUUCUUGUGUUAUUUUAAUGACCCAAUGAUCCUUCCUCUAGAGCCAGCUUCAAGACAAACUUUACAUUUUUAGCUCCACUGCUGGUAAGAAAAGAUAAAUCAUCAGGAUGUUUGUUUCAAGGCUGCAACUAUCGAUUAUUUUUAUUCUCAAUUAUUAUUAUUUGCUCAAUUAAUUGAUUAAUUGUUUGGUCUGUGAAAAAAAUCCAUUUAUCAUUUCUUACUGUCUCCAGUGAUGCCUUUGAUUUGCUUGUUUUGUCUGACCAACAGUCCAGAAUCUUAAGAUAUUCAAAUGAUUGUUAUAUAUAUCAAACAGCAAAUUCUCACAUUUAAGAAGCUGGAAGCAGAGGAUUUGCUUUUUGGGUUGUUUUUUUUUUUGCUUUUGCUUGAAAAAUGACUGAAACGAUUAAUCAAUUAACGAUUGCAGCUCCAGUUUGUUCAUAUUGUGGAUGUAAUGAACUCUACAGACACUAGAGGACGCUAACAGGACUUAAAAAUGUUUGUCUUUUAUUUAUCAACAGAAAAAUGAGACAAACAAAUAUGAAAAACAGACAAAAAGCAAAAAGAUUCAGACACAACACUCCUAA